AGACUCGACUGCAUUUAUAGAGCAUUCCUGUUACAUUUAACUCAAUCUUGAACUGCAGUUUGUGAAGGCAACAUGGCUAGGGACUUGAAGAAUAAAGUUGUUGUAAUUACCGGGGGUGCGGUGGGCAUCGGUUUGGAAAUUGCCGACAGAUAUUUACAGAAAGGUGCGAAAGUGGCUGUUCUGCUUGAUAUUGCUGAAGGACAAGGCUUGGAGGCCUCCAAGAACCUUUGCGCCAAACAUGGUGCAAACAAGGCAGUUUUCAUGAAGUGCGACGUCACAAGAGAUUUGGAUGCCGUAUCCCGAAAAAUUAUAGACACUUACAAAACAGUGGAUGUGCUGAUAAACAAUGCUGGAAUUUUAAACGAUCAGCUCUGCAAACUGACUAUCGACAUCAACGUUCAGGCUUUGAUCGACUGGUCCAUGAAGUUUUGGGAGCACAUGAGGACCGACAAAGGUGGUAAAGGGGGUACGAUCAUAAACUUAGCAUCGAUAUAUGGAUACAGAGUCGACCAGUAUCUCCCGAUCUACCAGGCGUCGAAGUUCGCCGUGAUGGGUUUCACAAAAUCCCUGGGUCAUGUGUACAACUUCAACAGAUCUGGAAUUAGAGUGGUUGGAAUCUGUCCAGGAUUUACUGAGACCAAACUGACGGCAGACCCUAAAACGUGGGACGACGAAUGCUUAUCCAAAGAUUUUGCCGUGUUCGUGAAGAAACAGGCUUGGCAGAAGGUGGCUUCGGUCGGCCAAGCUGCGGUCGAUGUUUUUGAAAAAGCGAACAGCGGAACAGCCUGGCUCAUAGAAGGCGCUAAGCCUAUUGUCGAGGUUUAGUGCGAUUGUAUAAAAGUUGCCAUAUUUUAUGUUAUCGGUUGUUAAUAUUUAAUAUAAAUACUUUUUACUUUUA